CAAUAAUAUCGCCUUAGAUAGACUCUAAUGAAAUGACAAAUUUAUCCCCAAAUUAGCAAAGACACAAAGUAUUCCAACUUGGACAAAAAAAGAGAGGUUGCAAUUUCACUUGUAACCACUUCAGUUACAAACAGAGAUUACCCUAUAAAUAUAUUAUGUUUUGGUGAUCACCUACACUAGGGCCGGCCUCAGGGGAUCCAACAAUGGCUAAAUUCUUUCUCGGUUCUUCAUUUUCUCAUCCCUUCUUCCUGCUACUCUUUCCUCUGGUUCUUGCAGUAUGCAUCCGUUGUGAUGUUGUUGAAGAAGAUAGAAAGGUCUAUAUUGUGUACAUGGGUGCACUUUCCAAAGAUGAAGGAUACUCACCUGCAUCACUUACAUCUCAGCACCAUAGCAUUAUGGAAGAAGUUCUUGACGAUAGCUCUAUAAAUGAUAACUUUGUGCGAAGCUAUCGAAGAAGUUUUAAUGGAUUUGCAGCAAAACUCAAUGAACAAGAGAGACAAAAGCUUGCCAGCAAGGAAGGUGUAGUAUCUGUCUUCCCUAGUAGAACUCUCCAACUAGAAACAACUAGGUCCUGGGACUUCAUUGGUUUGUCCAAGGCUGCAAAAAGAAUACCCAGUGCAGAAAGUGAUGUGAUUAUUGGUGUUAUUGACAGCGGAAUAUGGUCAAAAUCUGAAAGUUUUAGUGACAAAGGAUUUGGCCCUCCUCCUAAGAAGUGGAAGGGUGUUUGCAAUGGCGGCCAGACAAAUUUUACAUGCAAUAAUAAGAUCAUUGGUGCUCGAUUUUACAAAAGUGAUUCAGUGAUUGACACAAAAGGACAUGGAACACAUGUUGCCUCCACAAUUGCUGGUAACUUAGUAUCAAAUGUGGAUUUUUAUGGAAUAACUGGAGGGAAUGCAAGAGGAGGUGUACCAUCAGCAAGGAUUGCAGCUUACAAAGUUUGCACUCUAGAAGGCUGCGAUGAGUAUGAGAUCCUUUCUGCUUUUGAUGAUGCCAUUGCUGAUGGAGUAGAUAUCAUCUCAAUUUCUAUAGGAUCAGGAUCAUUCAGUGACUUCGAUUCCAAUUCCGUCGCAAUUGGGGCAUUUCAUGCCAUGGAGUACGGCAUCCUCACAUCACAUUCUGCCGGAAAUAAUGGUCCGGCUGGGCAAACAACCGCAAGUCUUGCACCUUGGAUACUAUCUGUGGCAGCAAGCAGUACAGGCCGACGUAUCAUUGAUAAGGUUGUCCUAGGGGAUGGAAAGGUCCUUAAGGGUAGUACCAUUAAUUCUUUUACUUUGGACGGAACAAAUCAUCCAUUGAUAUAUGGAAAAGGAGCUGCAGUACCAAACUGUGAUGAAGCCUCGGCUCGGCUUUGUAGAGAUGGAUGCUUAGAUAAUAAUUUGGUGAAGGGAAAGAUUGUGCUUUGUGAUAAUUUAGCUGUAGUAACAGAAACAGUGCGAUCAGGUGUUCUAGGGACAGUAAUGUCAGCUGAUCGAGGUAGUGACUAUUCUAUACCAAAUCCUUUACCUGCAGCACAUUUAAGCACCCAAACUGCAGAGCUGGUCAAGUCUUACAUAAAUUCCACAAAAAACCCUACAGCUAACAUCUUGAAGAGUGAAGUAGUAAAUGAUUCAUCUGCUCCAACUAUUGCUUCAUUCUCUUCCCGUGGACCUAAUGGCAUUACACCAGAUAUUCUCAAGCCAGAUAUAAGCGCCCCAGGGGUAGAAAUCUUGGCUGCAUAUCCACCUUCAGUUUCACUGACGAACAAUGAUAAUGAUAAAAGGAGAGUGAAGUUCAAUAUACUAUCUGGGACCUCCAUGGCAUGCCCUCAUGCAUCCGGUGCUGCCGCUUAUGUUAAAACUUUCCAUCCCAAUUGGUCACCUUCUACUAUCAAAUCUGCACUCAUGACCACUGCUUCUCCAAUGAACCCAACCAAGAACCCAGAAGCUGAGUUUGCUUAUGGUGCUGGCAAUAUCAAUCCAGUGAAAGCUAUAAAUCCGGGCCUUGUAUACGAAACCCUAAAAGAAGACUACAUCAAAUUCCUCUGCAAUAUAGGUUGGGAUACAAAUAGGGUUCAAAUGGUAUCAGGAGAUAAUAGCAGUUGUCCUCAAGGCACUAAAGGAACGGCAUUGGAUCUCAAUUAUCCAUCAAUGACAGCUUAUAUUCAACAAAAAGAUAAGCCUUUUGUUGUUAAUUUUACAAGGACAGUUAAGAAUGUUGGUUUAGCAAACUCCACAUACAAGGCAUCAGUCAUCAAUUCUCAUUCUAACAUUACAAUCAAAGUUGAGCCUAGUGUUCUGUCUGUCAAAUCAUUGAAUGAGGAUAAAUCAUUUGUAGUGACUGUUUCGGGAAGUAAAUUGGAGUCAAUGUCUAUGGUAUCUGCGUCACUGGUGUGGUCUGAUGGCACUCAUACUGUGAGAAGUCCGAUCAUUGUGCACCCAUUUCCCGGUAGAAGCAUAUAAAUCAGAUCAGAUGGAAAGUAGAAAGUAGAAUGUUGAUCUUGAACUUGUUUUGAAAAUAUUAGUUUAAUUAUCAUUCUAAGUAUUAUGUCUAAACCAUUCCAUCUAUUUUAGAAUCUUACAUAUGUCACUUCCCAUUGAUAGGAAAUAAAUUUCUUAUCUUUGAGAGGUC